AUGAACUUCUUUGGAUCUCGUAAGAGACAUAGCAGUCAGGGUUUUAGGAAAUACAACAAUGAGGUGUAUGAAUAUGAGAAUUCCAACCACAACGUGGCUGGAAUGCCCAAUAAUGGUGUUGACAGAAGUGCUUCGAUGACAAACGGUGCUGGCUCUGCCGCAUUGGCUGCCUUGAGACUACAUCAGAACUCAAAGCCUGUUGCAGCAAAACCAACACCCGCCUAUUCGAAUCGACAGUCCGCCUACAUAAGAUCCAAUUCGUUGAGGUCAAAUUCUACCAACCAAAGGUCUAAUUCCUUGAGAACUUAUUCAUAUCACCCAAAGGGAUCAUACAAUCCUGGUCAAGCUUCAAUUCCUGAUGCCAGAAGGUAUAGCUCGUUGACCUCAGGCUCCAACAUUCCAGCAUUCCAACAAAAGCAAUCACCACAACAACCACGUACGCGACAACAAAAACGGUUGAGUUCUCUAGGGUCAUCCCAGAAUCAUCGUCCAGAUCCAACCCUAUAUGAGACACACAGUGAUGAUGAGGGCGAAACUAUAAUAACUACACAAACCACCAAGGUAGUGGAUAGUCAAGGUCGAGUCCAGUCCAUUACAACCAAGACAACCAAAACCCUUCCAGAUGGAUCAAACAUCAUUGAGACCACCACCAAGAAUAUCUCCAGAGGUAAUUCAAGAACCAACUCUUUAAGAAAUAACUCUAUUCUUAGCUCUUCCAGAGAUCCAGCCUACAACUUGCAGAAAAUCGAAGAAGACCUACAUGACUUUGAAUACAACUACGUUUUGGAUAACCAGCAAACUCAGCCACAACCUGUGACUUCGAACCCUCAACACGAAUCCAGAGCUCCUCACGAAUUAGAAGAUGAUUUGUUACACAAUUCGGACACAUUGAAGUUGAAUAUUGAACCUUCUUCUGCGCGACCAAGUUUGACUAGUAGCAGCAAAAGAUCUCCUGAUUCCUCCGUGAAGCCCUUGAAGUCAAUUUUGAAAAACUCUACUAAACCGGACUUCUUGGAAGAAGGUUCAUUUAACAAACUACUGUCAGAAGCACCUAGACCUGACGCGGAGAAGUUUGACACUAUAAACCCCAAAUUGGCUCCACAUCCAUACAAGUCUAUCGGUGUUGGUGUGAGAUCUCACGCAUCUCCCACUGCUGCGAUCUCAGAAGUGAAUGUCAAAAGAUCUCCCGUCCUUUCACAAUCACCCCAGACACAGCCGGUACUGUCACCUCAGUUGAAACUGGCUUUUAAAUUGUCACCGAUUCCAAGGCACGAUGAUAUCAUUUCAAAUGCUUCUGUAACAUCUCCUUCGAACUUUUCGAUUAAAUUUGAUGAAAAUAUCGAGACGAUCCCCGUCUACGAAACCGAUUUCGAUAGUCCAAAAAGAAAAAUUUCUAACUCUGAGUUGUACAGCAAGGCAAUGGAGGUAGCCAUGGAAAGAGUAUACGGAACUUCUAAGGAGCUUGAAGCUGCCACCAUGUCCGUGGAUCCUAGUGUUCCCAGUUCAAUCAUUGAAAAGAAAAAUAAAAGAGAUAAAAAAUUGGAAAUGAUCGGCCAUUCUGGUGUGAAUGAUAAUUAUAGAUACGAGAAUCACCACCAGGACUUUGCAAUGCAUUCCAUGAGAAACUCUUCCAAUUCCAAGUCUACUUCACGAAAAGAAAGAGCCAAAGAAGAGAAGAAACAACAAAAAGAAUGGGAAAAACAACAGAGGUUGGAAGAGAAACAAAGAAAGUCAGAAGCUAGAUUACAAGCUAAGGAGGAGGCCCAAUCAAAGAAAUCGAUGGAAAAAGAAGCAAAGAAGUCUUCUCCAAUUAGAGGUCUUUUCGGGAGGAAGAAGAGGGACAACACAGAUGCAUCAACCCUCAGUGGUGAACUCAGCAACAAUUUGGUUGAACGCUCACCUUUAAACCUGAGAGCUGGGGGAUUGAGUACUAACAAUGUUCUCAGCUCUCCCACUAGAGUUACUCCUGUUCCGGUCUUCGAUGAUAAUGUAUUACACCCAACAGAAAAUGAUUCCCAAAUCAAACCGUUAAAAGAAAAAGAACAGGUAGUACCUUCUAUUGUUAACAUCCAAACUCCUUUAGUAGAACCAACGAUCAAGUUUGAUUCAGAUGAGAACUCAAUUGGCCAGUUUCAAAGUACUGCGAGUGAAGAUGUCAGAAACACCAGACACUAUGUUGAGAAUCCUAUUACCGAAGAGUUGGCCGAAGAAUUCCCACCAGUGGCUGAGGCUGUAGGUCACAAUAUUAUACCAGUUGCGAAAGAACCUGAGAUUCCUCCACGAUCCGAACGGAGGAAUAUUGCACCAGUUCUCGAGAAUCUUAUUAUUCCAACUCCCGUCCUUAAUGAACCAGUGGAUUCCGAGAACCUUGAGGAUAGCGGUAUUUUGAGUACUUCCGAUUUUGAUGAUGACAGAGACGUGGCCCGGAGUCCCAGCUCAAAGAAGCUGGACAACUACGAACAGUUUUAUGAAGCAAACGAACCUGAAACUUCGCCAAUAAUCAAGAAUACCCUUAAUGAAGUGUCAGAAGAAGAAGCUAUUAAUGGCACAAAACGACAAGAAUCUUUCACAGAGGCCCAUACCAGCAGCCAAGUUGAAAUUCAAAACUUACCAAAGGAGCAGGAAAACCUUGAUAGUGUGGAAGCACCAAGAGGUAACUUUCCAAUUGAUAUAAGCAAACAGUAUACUUUGGCCGAGCUCAUUAAAAUGGGGAAGACUACCGACUCCACAGAAGACAGUUUUGAUUUACCUGAUUUCCCAAAUAAUCCAGAUUCUGAUCUUAGCAGUAGGGGUUCAGCCGAUUUAAAUGCUGCCUUGAGGAGAAUAACGGAAGACAAAGAUAUUUCUACCAACAUCCAAGAGCCUCUGCAGGUUGAAGAACCAUUUGGUAAAUCAACACCUCCCACCGAGUCCAGUGAUGAUAGAACUCCUCAAAUUUCACCAUCUACCAUAGCAACCAAGGAAGUACCUAAAUUCUCAGACGUCGACGAAACGUUGGUUACACAGGAAACGAAGAGCAAGACCACGAAGAAGGGUCAUAAAAAGUCCAAGUUCAAGGACAAAAUAUUCAAAUAUUUUAUCAAUUCUUACGACAAGUAAAUCAAACACUUUAGUUUGAAUGUAUUUUAGUUACUGUAUAUCUAGAAUAAUAAAUCAAAAUUUAUUUUAGUAACUGUAUAUAUAGAAUAAUAAAUCAAAAUUGAUUUUAUUAA